UGGCAUAUUGCAGCCACACAAGCAUAGAGAAGAGAUUGAAGCUGCCUUUCCUGCUUGUUGGAAAUAAAGCAACGAUCGAAAGCUUUGGAGAUGGCCCAGCACAAUAUAACCCUUUUUGACGCAGAUGGUCUGAGCUACAAAUUCGAGGGGUCCAGCAACAAAACUGACGAUGUGAACUACGUGAAAAUAACCGUUACUGGUGGAAUAUGGAUUCUAUACAGAAACGUGGACUUUAACGCAAGCCAGGCUGGUGGAAACGCAUCAGACAUUCUCAUCUUCAAAGAACCAGUGUCUGAACUGAAGCUUGAUUUCUCACCGUGUUCCCUCUUCAGAUGCCAAGACAACGUCGACUCGUGUACUGUGUUUGAACACAACAAUUAUGGUGGGCAGAGCAAGCAAUACCAAGAGGCGUGCUUUGAUAUAUGCCAAGACUUCCCGUCAGGUGAUCCACGUGGAGUGUCAUCUAUCAUUCUCUGGCCGAACAAGGACUGGGAACUAUUCACAAAGGAAAACUUUACAGGCGGAAGUAAAGUGGUCAAGAACAGCUGGCACCCAAACCCAGAGUCGAUGGGAUUCCCCAAUGAUAAGCUGCGCUCUCUACGCCCUCGUUAAUUAAUUUACAGUCACGCAUUUUUUUUAGAUAAAAACAACGCUUAAUUUGUAAAAUUAAUGCUAAAGAUAAAGGAUUUUUUUUUAAUUAAAAAAAAAAAUAGAAAAUAUUGGUUUUGAUCGAGAUAUCAAAAAGUAAAAGAAAAAUAAAGUUGCCGCUACGAUGUUGCAUGAUAAAGAAAUUGAGUCGUCUCUAGCUAGAAAAAAAUAAAUUUAAUGCAAACGUUUCGAUCGCAACUGCGAUCUUCUUCACUGCACCGGGUAGCAGAAGUACUGCAGAUUCAUUUCCAAGAUUUUUUUCCUACUCAUUUGCUACUCACGAACUUGAACUGAUGAAAAUAGAUGGAAAAAGUGACUGAGUACUUGUUUUUCUGUGUGAGUGAUGAAUAAUCCAGUUUCGAAUUCUUCAAUUCUUUGUGCUAGCCUCACUUGUGCGCAAAAUAUUUCUAAAUUUUGUGAGAAUAAAAAUGUAAGAUUUCAAAUCAAA